CCGUGCGCCUAAAAGAACUAUACAAGAAAAACUUUGCUGAUGUUUCUUCCCUAUUCCGUGGUAUAUUAUUUUUACCUUUUUCACUGCUAAAACCCAUCUAAACUGGAUGAGGAAGUGGAACUUGUCAAGUAAUAGAUAGGAGGGGUUACUGCACCAGAAGCUGCUAAUGCAUUCCGGGAAAACGAACGGAGGAGAAACAAGGAAAAUGGAUACCCCUGACAGAAUCGGCUACAGAUGUUCGGUUAUUAAAUUCCUUAUAUCGACAGUUAAUUAUCUGCGAAAGGGGAACUUAGCUCAAGCGAAAGAAUCAUUACAAAAAACUCACCACUAUUUCCUAAAGUUGACGCCACUUGACUUCUUAAAUCCCAGUUUAGAGGAAAGAGAAAUAGUAAACAAUGCGGAGGAGAUAUCGGUAGAGAAUGUGGCGUGGAGUUUUCGAACUGGAGCAGUCUUGUUGCCCCAGAAGUCUCCUAGCUUCUAUGUCCGCCUUGCCAACACAGUUGGUGCUGUUGCAUUGAAUAUGACUUGUGUUGAUAUAGCCAAGAAUGCACUUGAGCAGCAGAAAGAGCACAUUGAGCGAGCCGACGACGAAGAAUUAGAAGUUAGCCACGGAGUUGCCCUUAAUAACUUAGGUUGCGUGUAUAUAAUUAAUGGAAGUUUCCAAAAGGCAAAAGCAAUUCUUCAAAGCGCUCUUGAAAUAUUUUCCAAAAAUGGAAAACCUUCUGUACAUGUCGCUAUUGAGGAAAAAAUUUUAACAACAGUUAACAACCUACGACUAGUGCAUCAGGCUCAGAGGAGCCACGUAGCUGAUAGGCAAUUACAAAAUGAUCUCCUUUCUAGUAUAGGCCAAUUUGCCAUACAACCAAGAAUCAAUGCGAUUUUUGAUUACAAUGAAGCGCUUACCUCUUUGAGUAACAGAAAUCUUAGAAAAGCUUUGGACGAAUUUGAGAACUUAAAAACCUUUUGUGAAACAGAAUUACGCCAAAUUAAGGGUCUGUUAACCUGCAUUUUGUUGAAAAUACGUUUAGUUUGUUUGAUGCUACAAGCCUCUAGAGGGACCACAACAGCUAUUGAUACUAAGAUUUCUACCUUGCUAGGGCUGAAGGAACUUGUUGAUGUUAGUUCAAACUUUUCCUUAGAUUUCUUAAUCACAAUUGUGGAGACUGUGUCCGACAUUCAUCUUUAUCAAGGUAAUCUUGACCUUGUCUGUAGCUUUUUUUCCUAUCUUGCACCAGUUGUUCGUGAAAGAUGUGGUGCGGAUCACCCAACUUUUGCUUCUAUUCUGUUCAAGCAAGGACUUGUUUUCCUUCAUUUGGGAAACACUGCACGCUCCAGGCAAUGUUUUACGGAUGCAUUAGAGAUUUUCACCAAAGCUUUUGGUGCUAUUCACCCCGAUGUACUCAAAUGCAAUGCAAGUCUUGGAAGGCUGGAGUCGUUCGGUGGAUUUGAAGAAAAAUCUUUAUUUUACAGUCAGAGAGUUCUGAAAAAUGUAGAGGAGAUUUUCCAGGUCUCAUUUGAGCGUCAGCUGAAGCCAAAAGUCAUUGAAUUGUUUCAAGGAGGUGGAAGGACACCAUCUCCUGAUACAGAUAACAAAGAAAAAUUAAAGUUUGAAAGUCUGAUUUCUGAGUUUGGUGUGGAAAUAACCAAGGUUCUCAACCAUCACCAACCGAGCGCUCUCUGUGAUUGUUCAGUAAUACUUUCACAAAGAGAGGAUUGUGUGGAUUCCUCCGUCUCCCAGCUGUUUGCCAAGGACUUAUGUGCAAAGCUAAGCUUCAACUUGUUGAAAGUUGGUCUUUCUUUGUUUAACCUUGGAGUGGAACAAAGUACCACUUUCCUGUUUCUCUCGUGUACAUAUGCAAGUAUCUUUUAUGGUCAUUCUGAUUGCUCUGAAGUCAUUUUACUGAAAGUGAUUUUUGCUGUGUGUCAUCUAAAAUCUAAGACGAGCCAAACCUUCCCGGAAGUUCAAGAGAGGUUAAAAACUGAAUUCGAACGGUUAAAGAACUUCAUCGAGGGAAAAGCGAAGCGAGUUGAUAAACCGGAAAGCAAAACUAUAUUUUUCGAAGAAAAUACAAACUUGAUGAUUGCUUUAGCAGUAAUGCUUCAGUCGUUUGUAGAAGUGGAAAUGUGGGAGAUGAUAGACGCUGUGCAUAGUUUGUUUUCUUCUCUGUCAAACCAACAGUCUACGCAGGCAACUCAUGUAUUGCUCGGUGAAGAGAUUCGGUUUGCGUUUUUCAGUUCAAACAUACAAUAUGUUGGCAGACCAUUUAUGCAUGACCUGAUUUUUUUGACGCCUCUUGGCAAUCGAAAAAUCUCUGACAAAAAAAAUGUAGAUGCUCCCGGUAACUUUCAAAGCAAGGAGAUUGCAAAAUCUCCACAUAAAGAUGACAAGUUGGAAGAAAGGGCAUCGACGAAAAUUUUUAAAACUCUGGUGCUCAAAUCUGAUAAUAAUCAAUGGAAAGGAUUUUGUAGAUUUCUUGUGGAGUGUCCAAUAAUUCGUGGAAUUGAUGUUUCAACACUGAAUCACACAAAUGUGUGUAGUGUGAACGCAGUAGAAGACAGUCUGCCCCAUUUGACUUUAUGUCAUCAGAAUAUAGAGUUAGCAACACAAUAUUUUAUAGAAUUGGAACUCCUAGACUCUUCGAAGACCUCUCUUUCGGAGAUUUCUGGUGGUUUAUCCCUUUUGCCACUCUUAAUAUCAGCAGCUAGGGAUGGUUCAGAAUUUGAAACGCAAUCUCCGGUUCUCGUCAUGACAGAGAACACUUGUAAAGGAAGCCUAGCAUUUAUCUUGCAGGACAAAGUGGUUGCGGAGUUUUUAUUCGGAAAGCUUUUAAAGCAAAUUUUAACCAAUGAGGAAGAGCUUGGUGAUGUUGUGAACGUAAUGGUCGAAGAUAGCAAGCUUGUGUUGGAAAUCCAAGGUCCACCCAUUGGGAAAAUCGUAAUGCAGCGCCAUGAAGACACCAUUAAAGUGAGAACCCAGUUCAUUCACUUUUUUCAAAGCCGAACAAAAUUUGAGAUCGUCCAAGAGGAAGUUCCACCGUGCAAUUGCUCUCUUAUUGAGAUGGUCAUCGCUGACAAUAUGAAAACAUGUGCUCGUGAUUUUGGAAUUCUUUUCGAGACACAAAGUGAUAGGUCCUGGUGUAUUGCGUCCAAUCAGCCUGGAAACGCAAGGGAUGUUUCUAUGAGAGGACGCCAGACGCAGGAACUGCAGCAUAAAGCCGAACGUCCAGGCCGUAUUUCUACUCUUCCAACCUUGGUUCUCAGACAAUCGUUCCUGAAGGAAUCAUGGACACAAACAGAUUCCUUGAGUAUUCCUUCAACAUCUGAUCUUAGCACCCAAACAGAUCUCAGCGACUCUGAUGAGUCUAAAAAUCUGGUGGAGCCCACGUCAUCAUCUAGUGAAGUAAGUAUGUCAUCAUCAUUACCCUCAUCGUCAUCGUCAUCAUCAUCGUCAUCGUCAUCGUCAUUCUCCGCUGAAGAAAGUAUUGAUGAGGUCUUCAGAAGGGCAAGGUCAGAACCAGCAGGGAAAGGUAAAUCAUCGGUGCAUUCUGUGUCUUUGUGUGCCUCAGAAUUGAAGGAAAGCGAAAGAGAAGUUCCAAAAUUUGCAGAUUCAGAGGAAGAGAGCUUUAGCAUGGCUUAUCCCAGUAGCAAUGACAUAGAGAAAGAGCAAACAAAUCAACCACCACCCGUACCACCAUUAAAUUUGAAAGUUCAGACGGGUGGUAAAUUAAGUGAGAGUAAUAAACGCCUUGAGAAGCGUAUUCACACUGAUGAUUGGCUAAGACAUUGUGUGGAUGAUGAAGUUGAUGGUUUAGUCAAAAACGCCGCGCCUGAUAAAACGAAAAUCCAAAGUCGUCAUCCAUCCACAACCACACGGUGUAAUGAUGCCCCGGAUGAAAACCGACGAAAUAAAGAAAGUAAAGUCGAUUCAAGGUCGCUAAAGGUUUCUCAAGAGAGGAAGAACAAGAACAAAGGGGAUCUAUCAGGAAGAAGUCACAACGCAAGGCCUGGGACAUUUCUAGGCUUGAAGGGUGGAGGAAAAAGUCCAUCCUUCUCUGACAGGGGCCUAAGCUACAAGAAACUCGAAUCAGUUUCUUACUGGGACGACAAAGAUGCAAAGCCUGAGAAGGUGCGACCAGGAGGAGGUGAUCUGCGAAAUACCAUAGAUGAAAAGGAACCACAUUUCUUUGGUAUAAAGCCUUGCUUCCUUGCUCGUCACACAGAUGACAGUAGCAUCACCACUCCUAUCGAUAACAUGUGCAAUACAGCGGAAAACGCCAGUGGAGGGUCUUCCAACACGUUCUCAAGGCAGCAAAGGUCGUCUUGUUUCACAAAUGAGCAAGGCUAUCAAGGUCUUAAUCCCUCUCAAGCCCUACCGUUUCAUUUUGAAAAUUCAAAGGUAUUUGCUAACGUACAAGGUCCAAACCCUUAUGGCUCCUUCGGUUCCGAUCUUACAGUUUGUGAUCUUCCAGUGCCUGCGCGUCCUCUUCUUUCUCUUCCCUGCAAUGGAGCUGAGCAAGUCCAAACCCUUUCCAGUGAAGACCCGGGGAUUGUAGUAGUACCUCCGUAUGCUGUGGUCAAUGAUGACACGCUGUUGGCGCAAACAACCCUUUCACCUCACCAGAGAAUAGUCAAGAAUCAAUGUACCGGUCCUGAAGUACAACGGGAGAGAAACUGUUUUUUUAAAGUGAUGAAUGGAAAUCCACCAUGUGUAUCUAAUACCUCCUCAAUUACAAAAGGUCUUGUGCUUCCUGAAAUGGAAAUCUCUGCCCUCCCACAGGGAGCCAAGAACAGAAAUCUGACGUGGGAAACAAGGACACUUGCAGAUCAGGACACUGAUAACCAAGGGGCACAGGGUGUCUUGACCGAUAAUUCGACACACUCACAUGAUGAUUCCCUCGCUGACCUGGAGCGAAGAGUGGCCGAAACUUGUUUCUUUGUCGAAAAAACCUUGAAAGAAAGGGAAGUAAAAGAAAAGGCGAUGAAGGAAAAAGAGCGAAGAAAAAAAGAAGAGCGGGCCAGGAAAGAGCAAAUAGCAGGUGAAAGAAGAGAGAGGGAGGCAAGGGAAGCAAGACAAACGGAUUGUAGGAAUGACACAGAAGAAGCUAGUAACCCGAAGAGCGAUGGAGGAGAGACACCUUCGCAAAACACGGCUGGUGCUGAGGGUCAACAAUGGCUGUGUGAACAUUAUCAGCGGCUCUGUCGUGUCAAGUUCCCAUGCUGCGGAGAGUUCUUUCCUUGUCAUCGUUGCCAUAACAACUCUGGUUGUCCAAAUGAUAAUUCCAAAGCAAGAGAGGGAUGCUUUCUUGAGUGCUCCGUUUGUAGCCAUCAACAAGAGAUCAACCAGGACGCCCACACCUGUUCCAGAUGUAAAACAAAGUUCUCGGCAUAUUUCUGUUCUAUAUGUAAACACUUCACAAGCACAGACAAAAAUCCAUAUCACUGCACAAAAUGUGGGAUCUGCCGUAUUUAUAAGGACCGCUCCUUCCACUGUGAUGUGUGUAACGUCUGUUUGGACAAAAGGCUGGAAGGAAGACAUUCUUGCCGAGAAAAUUCAGGACAUGACGAGUGCUGCAUCUGUUUGGAGGACGCCUUCAGCGGUUGUCAAAUCCUGCCAUGUUCGCACAAGGUUCACAGAGAGUGUGCAAUUGCAAUGAUACAAAAUGGCGUUCGCAGCUGCCCAAUCUGCCGUCAUCCUCUAAACAGUCAGACAGGUGGCAAUGAGUGAUUGACAACCUCUAUCCCAGGCCCUCCUCUUCUUCCAUCAAGAAAUUAGAGAGGACCCAGGGAACACAAUUGAGUAGAUGUUUUUAACCGUGAACAUUUUUCAAGGAAUAGUCUUCACGAAAUUUCCUUUUUUAAUUGUUUAGCGUUCAUAUUGUGUUCAUAUAGUGUUAAAAAAUUCUCUAACAUGCCUUGAUUACGGUUAUGUGGUUUUCUUAUUCAGGUAAGAGUAAU